AUGUCCUCCUUCCGCUCAUCUGCUAUCGCAACGGCGUUUCUUGCCGCCCUAGCCGUUGCUGCACCAGCCAGUGGCCCGGCCUCAGAAGUUGUUAGCACAACCCAACGUGACUUUGUUCCGUUUGAUGAACACAACCCGGCACUCGUCAAGCGCUGGGCAAACUGGGACAAGUUUGGCGAGUUCAGCGGGUGGUCGCAAAAGUUUCAGGAUGGCCAAGGGACGUAUGUCGAGUCAGGGGACGAGGCCCGCUACGGCUUUCUGGGGACAGGCGAACACUGCUGGACUGACCUGUUCUGGGUUAAGCACCGCAUAGAUGCGGCCAACUGGCAGCGCGAUGAGUCAUCAGUCGACUGUGGAAAGACCAGCAACUGCUUCAUCCAGAACGUCAAGAGCGGGGAACGGUGUACGUCUUGGGAUCUGCACGGCUCCAUUAGCGGCGGAUUUGGGACCGACAUCAUGGCCAAGUUCCUUGGUUACACCGGGGAGAUCGGGUUUGAGGCUGGCGGCGGCGCCGAGACGUGCCUCACGAGCGAGAGUCAGGUGGGCUGCAACUGGGACGACAAGCUCUGCCACACGGCCUGGCGCUCUGACCUGACCUUGGUUCAUGAAGGAUAUAUCCGCCGCCGCUGCGACAAGGGCGGCGACCACACGGUCUGGAUGCAUGACUACGAGGCUCGCGCUCCCAUCAAGGAAACGCGUGUCGGUUGUGCGGCGUUGUGCACCGACAUGUCGUACCCUGACCCAGUCCCCUCCGCGUAA